UUAGAAGGCAAUUGCUUCUUCAAUUCAAUUUCUAAUUUAGCAGAAGCCUGUGAUAACCUAACCUCUCGCUAGACGAAGAAUCAUGAAUCGUCGUAUCUUGUUGACGAAUCGUCUGUCGUCCCAAAAAUUAGCUAAUGGAAUUACCAAGCGGAGGACUCUGCGUCUUCUUCCAAGCCAGAGGAGUUCCAGAUUCGUGCGCGCGAGGCGUUCUGGACUCGUAAGGAAGACCGGGAGGAAUACGAAUAGAGAAUUGGUGGGGAAGAUUAGGGCAGGGAUCAAGCGAUUGAGGGAAGAGAUGGCUGAGAUUAGUGAGGAACAGAAGUGCAUUAGAGAGGGGCAGAGACAGGUGAGGGAGAAAUUUGAGAAGAUCGAAGCAGAACGUGAGCAACUCUGGAAGGAAACAGAGAUCAUAUCAAAGCAGAAUGCAGGGAUACAAUUGCGAUUAGGUCUUAUGUCUGGUAUUGUGAAAGCAAGAGCUCAAAAUGAUUAUGAUUUGGCUGCUCAACUCACUCAGUCUCUCCGUGAUUUGAUGGCUGAGCAGAAUGUGGAAAUGCGGUGAAGAAUUCUGCUGCAAAAUACUGGAUGUAACAAGGAGGAACAUCUACAUGAACUGAAACAAAUUCCAACUGCCGGUGCUGUCAAUCUUCUGCUUUCUUUCUUUCCUUUGUUGUGUUCUUUCGUUAAGACAUUGUGUUACCCAUGUCAAACAUGGUAGUCUGUUUAUCUAGAUGGGCCUCUUCUUGCCCUCGACCUUGAUGUGUUAGAAAGUACUGAUAAAUAAGUUUCCCAUCUCUUUUAAAUGUUUCCAUA